UAUCUAAAGUACACCUAUUGAAAAAAAUCUAUAAAAGUAAUAAUCAAAAUUCAUUUAGACAAUAGAAUCAGUUGGUAGCUAAUUGAAGUGACCUACAGAAGUAAGAUGAGGUGCUGCGUCUUGUUCUUUUUUCUUGCCGUUUUAACAAUUGCUUCUGCUUUAAGUGAUAGUGAAGAAUGGCUAACUUUCAAAAAAAAUCAUGGUAAAUCCUAUAAAAAUACAGUUGAAGAAAAAUCCCGGUUUUCAGUAUUUCAAGCUAAUUUACGCAAAAUCGAAGAACAUAAUGAAAAAUUCGAGAAGGGAUUGACUUCUUACAAAAUGGGGAUGAACAAGUUUGGAGAUUUAACCGCCGAAGAAUUUCGUGACCUACUGCAGCCGCUUCCAAAGAUGGAUAGACCUGCACCUUCACCAAAAACCGAACAAGUUCAAUACAAUGGACAUCCUCCAGGUAGAAAGGACUGGAGAGAGAAGGGAGCGGUUACUGAAAUAAAGGAUCAAAAAGAUUGUGGAGGCUGUUGGGCAUUCAGUACCACUGGCGCAAUUGAAGGUGCACAUUUCAUUAAAUCUGGAAAACUCGUUUCCAUGAGUGAACAAAACCUUCUUGACUGUGCUAGAGAUGAAUGUCAUGGUUGUUCUGGUUGUUGGCCGGAUAAAGCUAUGAAGUACGUUCAAGAACAAGGGAUAACAACAGAAGGGGCGUACCCUUAUACAGCACUAGAUGACGAAUGCCAUAUAAAUGGAACGCAAGCCUUAUUGAAAAUCAAAAACUAUAUUUUUGUAAACGAGAACGACGAAGAAGAUUUAAAGCAAGCUGUUGCUAAACAACCAGUAUCUGCAACUGUAGACGCAAGACAUUUUCAAUUCUAUCAUGAAGGAGUAUACUAUGAUAAUGAUUGUAUAGAGGAUCUUACACUAAGCCACUCUGUAUUAGUUAUUGGAUACGAUCUUGAUCAUAGGACAGAGGAGGACUACUGGAUUAUAAAAAAUUCUUGGGGUAAAGAUUGGGGUAUGGAUGGUUACAUGUAUUUUGUAAGAAAUACUAAUAAUUGUGGUAUUGCUGCAUUUGCUUUAUAUCCAGUUUUGUAAAUAUGGGAAGUUUAGUUCAAAUAGAUGUUAUAGA